UAGUUAUACAUUCAUAUAUCGAUUUUGCUGAAAUAAUAUUGAAUAACCAAGCCGUUUUGCGACAUAUUGCUAUCAGCAUAUUUCAUAACAGGAUACAACUUUACAUAAGAAAGAAUAUUAAGCUGAUAAUAUAUGGUAUUUUGUACUGGCUGUUCAAAAGUGAAUUCCACAACGAUGGUUGGCUCUGCUGUUGUUGAAAGUGUUUUGACAAUCAUGUUUCUAUCAUUUAGCUUGGCGAAUUCGAAAGAAAUUUACUCAUCAAUGCGGGAAGUGAAGGUUCACAUGGCAAACACCAGAGAGCUACUGAAAGGAGAGCUAUCUACGUUACGAUCGUACGUCAAGGACCAAAAAGCCGCGUUAUCAAAACUUAAAGAAUCCAUUAACGAUCUACAGCAACUGUCAGAGUAUUCCAAAAGUCCGGACUUCGACAUUCUUCAUCCAUUGAACGCAUACAGGUUCAUCCGCAAUCAUUCCGUCAUCUAUCAACACACUGUGGACAAAAUUAUUGAGGAGACAAAACAGUUCGAGAAAAGACUGGACUCGAACGAAAGACCAUUGUUGUCCAAACUUCCGUCGCUUAACAAAACUGAAUACGAAGGCGUAAUUGACGGUAUCUUAAGGCUGCAAGAAACGUAUGACUUGAACGUAAGCGAUAUUGUUGAUGGAAACUUCGGAGGAAUUCUUUUUGGACUGAAAAUUAAUGCAAAAGAAUGUGGUGAGAUUAUAGAAGUAUUGUAUAAGAACCUUCAUUACCGAACUUACGGAAGAGAAUGGAUUAAACAGGCAACUAAGAUGAUACAGAACGGUGAUAGAUCCACAACAGUUGCAACGAUAUAUGCUUUGGCAGCCAAUGUUAUGCUUGCUAUUAACAAGAGAGAAGAGGCCGCUUUACUUUACGCCAUGAUCCCAAAAGAUCAAAGGGGGAGGUACCACAAAAUAAUGGUAAAGGCUUUAUGGAACAAGACGGAGGACUCCAGACGAGGACAGGUUUAUAGAAGAAUGAAUACUCCAAUUGUGAAGGCUGAUCUGAAGAAUAGGCACGAUCGUCUAUGUAAUGGCCAGAGUAUUGAGAAUUUGCUUCCAAAUCGACACCCCCCAUGGCGACAUCUUGUUUGUCGGACUGUGGACAACGGUAGUCCUAUACUUAGAUUUCAGCCUAUUAAACUGGAAGAGCGAUCUCUAGACCCCUAUGUCGCCAUUUUCCACGAUGUCGGAUCCCAGCAUGACAUAGAAACCGUUAAAGAGUACGCUAAGCCAAAAUUGCAGCGAUCAACAGUGAGCUCAUUGAAAGGCAGUGUUCCUGACCCUGGACGGACAAGCCAGGGUAUGUUCAUUUAUGAUGAUUCAAAAUACAUAAAGUUUGCAAAGCGCAUUGAAGCUGCUACUGGUCUCAACUACAGAGGAUACGAGAAGUUUCAAAUUGCAAACUAUGGCGUUGGCGGACAUUAUUAUUGUCAUCACGAUUUCUUUGCAUCUGAAUAUGCACGAAACUCACAAAAUGGUGAUAAUCGAAUAGCCACCUUUAUGAUGUAUUUGACGGAUGUUGUAAAAGGGGGAGCAACUGUGUUCCCUGAUAUAGACGUUUCCGUUUUUCCUAAGAAGGGCACGGCAAUCUUCUGGUACAACAUGUUCAGGAAUGGCACGGUUAACAUGCUUACAAGGCAUGCGGCGUGUCCCGUACUUGUAGGGGAAAAGUGGGUUGGGAAUUUAUGGAUUAGAAGGAAUGCCCAGACCUUUAACAAACCAUGCGGUCUUGACCGACUAGAAUUGGACUGGACUUCAUUUUAACAAAAACGUAUUAAUUGAUUUAAUUCAGAUGCAUUGCUCACCUUGCCGUAAAUGGAUCUAUUUCAAUGUGCGGACAGUUACCAAACGAUGGAGUGUUGAUCGACUACUGUUGUGAACUGGAACUGGAUUUAUUCGUUCAGAGAUUAUAACCUUUAUUAUUUAGGCACUCGAUUUGAGCAAUGCGUACUGCAAGACGAAGUGUUCUUUGUUGAUUUUACAAAGAAUUGUUUUGUGCUUUUUGAAAUUGUGUAAAUCGAAUAGAGAAACUCAUGCAAUUUUGAGUAUAUAUUUUUUCUCUUGUUAUAAAAAUAGUUAGACAUAUAUAUCGAUAUCUCGGUGUGAACUGUUCGGGAUAUUUUCCAUCUGUGUUGUAUUUACUAUUCUCUUGUAGCCAUUAAUAUAGAGUUCGAAUGUUCG